CUGUCACUAUUUGCUCCCCCACACAUCAUGGGCUAUUUUGGGCCAGUGCGUUAGCUCAUUAUAUAGAGUUUUCUUCUAGUACCCUCCCUGCCUUUUGGCAAGCAAACGUGCGCGUGACAGUUCGGGAGAAGAGUGUCGGUGAGCGUAAGACCUUAUCUUGGAGUCUUUCUUUGCCCUUUCACCCAUUUAUUGUGUAUUUUGUGCCACUCUACCACGGUUUGUCCCGUUGCGAUGAGAAGACAGCUGCUGUACACUAGUUUUCCAAAGAAGCGUCACGGGACGCGUCUCAAAUAAUCCACUCCGACUGAAGCGCACUGAAGCCUCCGUGAACCUCUUCUGUUGCUUCUCUUUGACGAUAUUUAGAACAUUGUUUAACACCUCAUUACAUUUUUACGGGCCCAAAGCUUUGCAAAAGAUCAUGGAGACUAACCCUAUACCCAUUUUGACUAUCCAAACGAGCCCAUUCGACGACCAGAGACCAGGGACGAAUGGACUGCGAAAGAAGACAGCUGUUUUCGAAAGUAAAAAGAACUAUCUUCAAAAUUACAUCCAAAGUGUGCUGUCCUCCAUCGACUUGAGGGACCGUCAGGGAUGCACUAUGGUGGUGGGCAGCGAUGGAAGAUACUUCAGCCGGGCUGCAACUGAAGUCAUCGUUCAAAUGGCAGCUGCCAACGGGAUAGGACGUCUAGUCAUUGGACACAACGGGAUCCUGUCCACCCCAGCAGUCUCCUGCAUCAUCAGGAAGAUAAAAGCCAGUGGUGGGAUCAUUCUCACUGCAAGCCACAGUCCAGGAGGCCCAGGAGGAGACUUUGGGAUCAAAUUCAGUGUCGCUAAUGGAGGGCCAUCUCCAGACACAGUGAUGGAGAGGAUCCAUCAGGUCAGCCGCACACUAGAGGAAUACGCCAUCUGCCCUGACCUCCACAUCGACCUGUCCCGCCUUGGCCGUCAAGACUUUGACUUAGAGAACAAGUUCAAGCCCUUCAGAGUUGAGAUUGUGGAUUCAGUCGAGAUCUAUCUAAACAUGCUGCGGGGAAUUUUUGACUUUGGUGCCAUCAAGAGCUUGCUGACAGGUCAAAACCAGCUGAAGAUACGAAUAGAUGCAAUGAAUGGAGUUAUGGGACCAUAUGUCAGAAAAAUCCUAUGUGAUGAGCUCGGGGCUCCAGCUAAUUCUGCUGUUAACUGCGUCCCUCUGGAAGACUUUGGAGGCCAACACCCAAACCCUAACCCUGCUUUCGCUGCGUCUCUGGUGGACUCUAUGAAGGGGGGAGAGUUUGGCUUUGGGGCUGCUUUUGAUGCAGAUGGGGAUCGUUACAUGAUUAUGGGUCAAGAUGGGUUCUUUGUGAGCCCGUCAGAUUCACUGGCAGUGAUGGCAGCAAACCUCUCCUGCAUCCCUUACUUCAGUCAGAGAGGAAUCAGAGGUUUUGCCCGCAGUAUGCCAACAAGCACAGCCAUCGACAGGGUUGCUAAGGCUAUGAAGGUGGCGCUGUAUGAAACUCCCACAGGCUGGAGAUUCUUUGGAAACCUAAUGGAUUCUGGGAGGUGUUCGUUCUGUGGAGAGGAGAGCUUUGGAACAGGUUCAGACCACAUCCGAGAUAAAGACGGCCUGUGGUCAGUUCUGGUAUGGUUGUCCAUAAUGGCAGUGCGUAACCAGGGGGUGGAGGAAAUAGUGAGAGAUCACUGGGCCAAAAUGGGACGCAAUUACUUCUGCAGGUUUGACUAUGAAGGAGUGGACAGCAGGGCAGCGUAUUACCUCAUGAGAGAUUUGGAGGCUGUUAUCACUGAUAAAGCUUUUACCACUCAGAAGUUUUCUGUGGGCAAUAACAUCUACAGUGUGGAGAAGGCUGAUAAUUUUGAGUACAUCGACCCAGUGGACGGCAGUGUGUCAAGAAAACAGGGCCUAAGGAUCAUCUUCACAGACUCGUCCCGAAUCAUCUUCCGGCUCAGUGGUUCUGGGGCCGGAACAGGGGCCACCAUCCGCAUCUACGCUGAAAGCUACGAGAGAGACCCAGAGAGACACAGCAGAGAGACCCAGGUUGUGCUGGGUCCUCUCAUUGCCAUUGCUCUAAAAAUCUCCAACAUCCACGAACGAACUGGAAGCAGAGGCCCCAGUGUGAUCACCUGAGACCAAUCCAGCAGCACACACACACACACACACACCAGGGGCCAAAUUCACUUUCUUCACUCACGUCUGAUCCGUCUUCUUUUGUGCCUUUUACCCUAAACACAACAAUGAAUGUGCCAACUCUUCAUUUUGCUGCUCUUUUACCAUUUCUCACCUUUUCCUUUCUCCUCUCUCAAUUGUCUUUACAAGGGCCCCUGUGAGGUUUUCUCUUCUUUUGCACAUUUAAACUCAUGUUAACCACUACAAAAAAAAAGGGGGGGAGCAAAGCAUUUUCUUCAUGCUCACGCAGACUCCUUGACUGUUUUUAAUUCAACAAGAAUGAGGUUAGAAACAGAACAUAUAUAGACUACUUUGUGUUUUGAAUCAGCUGCAUGGGGUCUAAAACUUAAAACCUGUUUGCCUGUAUGCUUUUGUUUACAAUGUAGCUGUUACAAAGAAAAGUAGGUCUAUUCAAUGCAAUCAAUGAAACGAGGGAGCAACGCUGUUCGGUAUUUACUUAUUUCUGUGGAAACACAACAAUAUAAACUGUGCAACAGUUAGAGCUGGGGCCUCAUUUAUAAAAUGUUACAUUUGAUCAAGUUCAUUUCUGAAAUGUGAGUAUAAGUGUGAUUCAGAGAACGUGCGUACGCUUAUCUUCCACGUGUGAAAUCAAGAAAAAUCUAGAAAACGCUCCCUAAUUAAUGUUAUUCGCAACAGUCACCGUCCAAAUCCUUUACUUGAGAAUGGUCAACUGCAAGAAUUGCUUGGAUUUCCAAAUACCACAAGAUCAUUUUUAUAAAUCUGAACAUUGCAGUGGAUUUUAGCACGUUUUUAUAAAUGAGGCCCCUGAUGUCCAACAAUGAACCACUAAAAUAAUUAUCAUAAAGAUUGUCUUGAAGAAUGGUUGUGCUAUAAUUUUACGUUCAAUCUUGUAAUCGCUAACACUUUGAUUUACAAUUUUCUGACCACUUUCUGAAAUGUCCACCAGAUUAAAUUUGUGGCGUGAAUCAAAGUAUGAAAUGUUUUAAAGGAAUGUUUGGCUAUGAAUUGGUCUGCUCAAAUUAGUUAUUUUGUUGAGCUUUCAAUUUUUAAAAUCCUGCAUGAAUCAGUUGUUUGUGUCUAGUGUCAGAUGGAUUAUGUGCAUUCCAUUGUGUGAUGAGAAACAUGCCUCUUAGUUUAUUAUUAUUAUUGUAUAACAUAACAUUUAAAAUAUUUUUUUUGAGCCAGAACAUUAAUCAGUGUUUAAGAUAUUUGUGAGGAUUUAAAAAAAAAUCUGUUGAUCCUAAAAGUGCAAGUCCCUUAAAAUUCUUUACAAAUGACUCCAAGGUGAAAACAAAUGCUCCCUUUUAAAUGCUAUUUUGAUGGAGGAUAGAAAAAAGUAAAUGUCAUUAGCUGUAAUUAAUUUUGUAUCCUAAAAUGUGCAUAAAUAAACAUUAUUUUUUGUGUG